AUGGCGUACCUUCAAUUUGAGGAUUACAUCGUGAUUUCAAUAACUGUGGUGAUGUCACUUGGAGCUGGACUGUUACAGUCCUUGAGAGGCAAGAAAGACAAAACAGUUUCCAAAUACACAAUGGGUAAUGGCAAAAUGGCGGUACUUCCGGUCGCAUUAUCAUUAUUAGUUUCCUACCAAUCUGGUAUAUUGAUGCUUGGAGUUCCAGCAGAAGUAUACCUCUAUGGUAUGCAGAUUAAUAUGAUAUUUCUUGGAAACAUCUUGGGUGAUUUGAUAAGCGUUCAUCUGUUUAUUCCACGCCUGAGCAGAUUGCAAAUGACUUGUAUUUUUCAGUAUUUGGAAGUCAGAUACGAUUCCCGUUGUAUCCGGUUGAUUGGAACUGUUCUGAGUAUCAUAUCAAUGGGCGGAUUCACAGCCGUUAUUUGGACUGAUGUUUUACAGUCAGUUCUCAUGUUUGGUGGCAUUUUCGCUGUUCUUAUCAAGGGUACAAUGGAUUCUGGGGGCCUAACGAAAACGUGGCAGACGGUCUACAAUCAAGGGAGAAUUAACUUCUUUGUAUUUGAUGUUGAUCCAACAAGACGUCAGACUUUUUGGAGCCUUGUGGUAGGAGGUUUCGCUUCAUCUUUAUUAAAGCCGUUUGUACAAACAACGUUCCUCAGGAUAAAAGCUACUCCGAACGUGCGGACACGGACCAGAACAUAUAUGUUAUCUGCGGUUCUGUCAGUGGUAAUGCGCCUUUUGGUUAGUUUGUGUGGGGCCAUCACGUUUGCCUACUACUUUAACAAAAGAUGUGAUCCCUUGGUCUCCAAGCAGCUUGAUAACCCAAAUCAGCUGCUUCCAUCUUUGGUACUAGAUAUAUUCCGGGAUACGCCGUGUUUACCUGGGCUUUUCAUGGCAGCAUUGUUCUGCGCCUCUCUCAGUACCAUCUCUUCAGUACUGAGUGGUAUGAUGUCUAUAUUUUGGGAGGACAUUGUAAAACCGUUCAUAAAACCUGUUUCUGAUAGACGAGGAAUUUGCAUUAACCAAAUUUCAGGUUUGGCAUUUGGAAUUAUCAUCAUUGGAGUGGCGUUCUUCGUGUCUACGAUAGAGGGACCCAUCAUACAGGGUGUCAUCGCCGGUGGAGCGGUCAGUGUAGUUUUAGUUGCCUGGAUCAUGAUUGGUAAAAUGUCUUCGUCAGGAACGAGGAAGAACCAGACAUUAGAAUUCGCCCCGAUCGAUAGUUGCCCAUUCUACAACGUUUCUGCUGUCACUACAGAUAUCACGUCUACGUCAUUGUAUGACGCUGACGUCACAUCUACACCGUUUUAUGACGCUGACGUCACAAUACGACAGAACGCUGCCAUCAAGGAACCGUAA